GUGUGUGCGUGCGUGCGUGUUCAGGUCAUCCUGAUGGGUUUGGACUCGGCUGGAAAGACAACUCUGUUGUCCCGACUGCUGACAGGACAGUUGAUGGAAACGUCGCCGACCAUUGGGUUCAACGUCGGAACUCUAAAUCUGGACAAGAAGACGUCUUUGACUGUUUGGGACGUCGGAGGACAGAAGAGCAUGAGAGACAACUGGAGGUACUACCUGGACAACUGCAAGGCUAUGGUGUUCGUGGUGGACAGCAGCGACCCGGCCCGGCUGCCCGAGGCCCAGAAAGUUCUGAAGAAAGUUCUGAGUGAGAAGAAUCUGGAAGGAGUUCCUCUGAUGGUUCUGGCCAACAAGAAGGACCUGCCCAACGCCAUGACCAUCCGAGAGGUACGGAGACGAGAGCUCAGAGACCAUAGAUGA